UGAGGCGACCGGGCUGGUUGCAUCCCGCGCAGCUGCUUCAGGCUGAGGUGGCGGAUGGUGGUGAGCGCCGGUGGCGGAGGCAAAGUUGGAGCCGGAGAACAAUGAUGAACAGUGCAGGGGGACUUUCACGCUUGGACCGUCGGGAGCGGGUUCUCAAGUUAGGCGAGAGUUUCGAGAAGCAGCCGCGCUGCGCCUUCCACACUGUGCGCUAUGACUUCAAACCUGCUUCUAUUGACACUUCUUGUGAAGGAGAGCUUGAGGUUGGCAAAGGUGAACAGGUGACAAUAACUCUACCAAAUAUAGAAGGUUCAACUCCACCAGUCACUGUUUUCAAAGGUUCAAAGAAACCUUACUUAAAAGAAUGCAUUUUGAUUAUUAACCAUGAUACUGGAGAAUGUCGACUAGAAAAACUCAGCAGCAAUAUCUCUGUAAAAAAAACAAGAGUUGAAGGAAGUAGUAAGAUUCAGUAUCGGAUAGAGCAACAACAGCAACAAAUGUGGAAUUCAACCAAGAUUCCCAAUAUUGUAAAACAUUCUCCAUCUGAAGACAAGAUGUCCCCAGCAUCUCUGAUGGAUGAUAUUGAAAGAGAACUGAAAGCAGAAGCUAGUCUAAUGGACCAGAUGAGUAGUUGUGAUAGUUCAUCAGAUUCCAAAAGUUCAUCAUCUUCAAGUAGUGAGGAUAGUUCUAGUGAUUCAGAAGAUGAAGAGUACAAAUCCUCUCCUUCUGAUCCAGGGAAUUUUACCUCAGGAAAUCCUGCUAUGUCUGCCAUACAGUACAAGAUUACUGAUACAGAAGCUGGUCAUAAUAGAUUUCAUGACAACAGUGGCCUUCUGAUGAAUACUUUAAUGAAUAGCAGCAUUCAUCUAAUUAUGGAAGGAGAUGAUUUGCAGCUGAGUGAAUCAGGAAGCGACAGUGAUGACUGAAGAAAUGUUUAGCUAUAAAAAUUUACAUGCAUGUGAUAAUUUAUUUUGUAUUAAGAAUAAAAAUUCUGAAGAUAGGAAAAUGUGUCUUAACUUUUGAUGAUAUAAUAAACAAAAUCUGAUUCAGAA